AUGGAGCAUUUAGUCAAAUCUGAAUCAUCAAAAACAGGCAAGCAAUCUCCUGAAAACUCUACAGAUGAACAAACACCGGCUUGUAAUAUUGCUGAACAACUCAUGGAUCUUCAAAUCGAAGUUGACGAUCUCAUAGCUCACUCAUCUGGCAUUCCCGAAUGUAAAAACGCAGUUAAAAAAUUAAAAGACAUAAAAGCAACGAUUGAGAAGUGUUUGGAGAAAAAUUUGAAUCCAGAAACCAAAGCAAAAACCCUUUGGAAACGAGUGUUGGGUCGUGUCGACAAGAAAGCUGCAAGAACUACUGAACCAGGAAGACAAGAAAUUGAACAUUCAGUAACGCAUUAUGAACCUCGUUAUGAUGAUUAUAAUGACUCAAAUGGACGUUUCACUCCAUUCAUUGAUGAUUCAAUAUUAUUUGGGAUCGAUUUGAUACUGCGACUAUGCAGUCACAUAAAAAGAACUUAUCGACUUAUUUUUAGUAAUGAAUAAAAUUGUGAAGUUUUCAGUAAGCUUUGUUAAAUUUCUCAUUUUCAAUUUGCGAG